CGUUCAGUAAAAAGGCCCAAUCCCUCACCUUCCCGUCGCCGCCGCCGCCCCCCCCCCCCCCCCCCACCCCCACCGACGGACGCGGAAGCGCGGCGACUAGGGUUCGGCCCUGCCCGCCGCCGGCCGUACCCACCCAACCUCCGUGCGCCUCUCAAAGGGGCGCGAAUCGGGCCGCCUUUCUCCCGCAGCAGGAAGUCCGCCCACACCUAGCCAGGCUGUCUCCUCCCAUACCCUGCUUCACCACCACAGACGCCGGCUCACCUCCUCGCGGACGCGAGCCAUCCACGGCGUGGACCCGUUUGCUGCCUCCGGAUUCCGCCCCCACGACGCAAUCCUCUUGCCCCAAGCCGAGGAGUUCACCAUGUAUGACUUGGAGUCCGUGGCUGCCCUUAUGGAGUCGACAAGCUCUAAGAUAGAGCAGCUUCAGCAGGCUUUUGCUGAGCUCGAGGGGCAGAGUGCUGUCUCCAUGAACCUCAAGUGGAAGCAGCUUGACGACCACUUUCGUGGCUUUGAGCAGUCGCUCAAGAAAAAAUUUGAUGAGUUAAAAGAGCAGGAGAAGGAGUUCCAGGAGACGGUUGCGAAAUCGGAGAAGAUGCUGGAGCAGCGGGAGGCAGCUGUUGUGGCCAAGGAACUGACUUAUUUGGAGAGGUUGCAGGAGAAAAGGGAUGCUGCGUUAGCUAUGAUCUUUAGCAAGUCCAAGCUGUCCUUACCUGUUCCUGCCAUCAACCCAAUGAACAAGGCACUGGAUAAUCUUGGUGUCAAGUGGCCUAAACCGGCUUCUGAAGAGAGUGUGUGCCUUCAAGUUGACAGUGCUGUGGUGAAGCCUCGUUCUGAGCUUGUUUCACUCUGUGAGAAAAUGAACGUGAAGGGGCUUCAUAAGUUCAUAUCAGACAACAGGAAGAACUUGGCAACCAUCCGGGAGGAAAUUCCCAGUGCACUGAAGAAAGCACCUCAUCCUUAUGGCCUGGUGUUGGAUUCCCUGGAAGAAUUUUAUGCUGGAGAUAAUCUUGUAUUGGAUGGCAAAAAGGAUGGAGACCUUCUGGGUGUUAGAAGGACGUGCCUGAUGUUGAUGGAAUCACUUGGACAGUUGCAAACUGACAAUAUAACUUGUUUCUCUUCGGAGGGGCACAUGCUUACAACUGAUAUCAAAGAGCGAGCAAAAAAGACUGCAUUUGAAUGGAAGUCCAAGUUGGAUAGUCUUGACAUUGAUGCUAGUAAUGGGAACUGUCUUGAAGCUCAUGCAUUUCUUCAACUCCUGGCAACCUUUGGUAUUUCUGCUGAAUAUAAUGAAGAUGAUCUGUGCAAACUGCUCCCAUAUGUCAGUCGUCGUCGUCAGACACCUGAACUUUGUCGAUUGCUUGGGUUGUCACAGAAAAUGCCAGGUGUUAUUGGAGUUCUGGUGGAAACUGGAAAACCUAUUGAUGCCAUUAAUUUGGCUUAUGCAUUUGAGCUUACUGAACAGUAUGAACCAGUGCAACUGCUUAAAGUAUAUCUGAGGGAUAUUAAGAAAGUGUCACAUGCUAAGAAUGCCAAAAUGUCUUCUGGAGCACAGAACGAGAUGAAUGAACGUGAGCUGUCUGCACUGAAAGCUGUCAUUAAGUGCAUUGAGGAGCACAAACUUGAGGAGCACUACCCUGUGGAUCCACUUCAGAAACGAGUUUUGCAGCUAGAGAAAGCAAUGGCAGACAAGAGGAGGGCUGUUGAAGCAGCGAAGCCACAGUCCAAGAGGCCUCGUGCCAACGGAUCGGCCUUUGCACCUCGUGCUACCAGCUUUGCUGACAAGAGCUUUUAUCCCGCAACCCCGGAGAGGCAUCCCUCCUACCCUUACGAGAGGCAGUUUGUGUAUGGCGCUGAGGCCCAUCAUCCACCAAUGAUGAGCUCAGCACCUUACACGAUCCAACCUGCCCCCGCACCUUAUUAUGGUAAUGGCUACCCAGUUCAGUACCAGGUACCGUAUAUCCACUAAUGGAGAGAGCCAGGUGCAGGUGCUCUUUCCUAACUAUGUAGCUUUAACCUGCUGCCCUUUGUUGUAGUUGUACCAGUUACUUGCUAGUUUGCCUAGCUGAAUAGUUGGACUACUCAGUGUGUGCUUUGAGUGGCUAUUGUGAAAAUCUGUUAAUUUUGUGUGUUAAUGACAUGACAUUAUUUACUCCUAAUAUUUAGCUAUGAUGAAUCUCCCAAUGUACUUCAUGACUCCUGUGAAAUACCUGUUGACUGAAA